GCUUGAUUUAUUAGAAAGAGUAAUAAACCAAGCUACAGUAUUAUUUAGGAAAUAAUCUGACUAAUGGGUAAUGGUUAAGUUCACAUGAACAGACCUAUAGAUUGAGAAUAAUCCAAAUAUAGAUUACAAAGUAGCUUGUUUAAUUAGAUAUUGCGAAAGAUUUAGAAGGGAGUAUUGAUGAACCUUUUUGAAUAAUUAGAUAUUUUCUAAGAAAAAAUAUUUAUAAGAUGUACUCUACUAAAAUAUAGAUUGUUUAAUUUUUGAAAUCUAACCAUGCCUUUAGUUCAAAUGAGGCUGGUUGCAUUGCUUGAAGUAACUUAGGUCUUUGCAAACUUCCUCACUGACAGUAACGGAUCCUAAAACUUGACAUCUCAUACAUCUUUUAGGUAGGAUACUAAUUUUUAUAACACUUUUUAGAUGUAAAGGAUGGAUAUGCUCACGUAGUCCAGCACAACUAACCAGAAAAUAUAUAAAUUGUACUCUCAAAUACCUUUUUGA